CUGUUUCUUUCAAUAAAACACACAAAUUCAAUUAUAAACAUUUAUUAAUACCCAUCUUCUCUUCUUUGUUCAUAUGGCUAUUCAAGCGCAAUUGUAUACGGAUAAUCUUUUAGGUGGUUCAAUGGAUUUCAUGGAGAAUGCUUGUGGAUUUAAUCAGUUUUCUUUUGCUACUCAGCAACACCAACAACCCUUUCAACAGAAUUUACAGCAGCAACAGAUUUUUAACCAGAAAAUCAUGAAUCAGAAUUUGAUGAAUAACAACAUUACUGAGUCAAUUCCUUUUUCACAGUUUCUAGCUACCCAGAUGGAGAAACAGAGGAUUGAAAUCGAUCACUUUAUCAACUUACAGAAUGAAAAAUUGAGAUGGGUUUUAAACGAGCAGAAGAAGCAACAACUAGCAUUGAUUUGGAGAAAAUACGAAUCGAAACUUGAGUUUUUACUGAAACACAAGGAUGAAGAAAUCGCUAAAGCAGGGAAUAGGACAAAGGAGCUAGAAGAAUACUUAAAAAAAAUGGAGAUGGAGAAUCAAGCAUGGCAGAGAAUCGCGAAUGAAAACGAAGCUAUUGUCAUGUCAUUAAACAACACAAUCGAACAACUAAGAGAAAGUGGGUAUUGUUUGUCCACCAAUGGAGAAGAUGCAGAAUCUUGCUGCGAUCUUCAUGAUGAUGAAGAUGAACAAGAAACAAAAAAAAUGAUUUGCAAAAGCUGCAAUUCUCGAUCUUCGUGCAUGAUUUUCUUGCCCUGUAGACACCUUUCUUCAUGCAAACCUUGUGAUUCUCUUCUCCAUCAAUGCCCUGUCUGUGGAAUACCUAAGAAAGCUGCCAUUGAAGCCUUGUUUUGACCCAAAAAAAAAUA